AUGAUAGUCAACCAACUUGGAAGUUGGACAAUCCAACAAAGGCUGGAUAGUAUGGAGGGAAGAAUCAAUUGUAAACAAUUUAGGAUAAGAGAAGGUUAUGGAAAAUUUCUACCAUCUUAUAAGGCAUGGGGGAACAGAAGAUGGGGUGCAAAAUCAAAUGGUCAAUCAGAUGGAGUUGCAGAUAUGCGUCUUGGACAUGGUGCAGAAUGGGAUAUGAAUGAUGGAGGCCAUGGCCAAAUUGGGUGCUGCGUGGUCCUGAAAAUUCUCAGCAAGAUUCCGGAGGACUUUUAUCAAACAGCAACUGGGCAUUCAUUACCUUCCCAUACACUGCAAUACCUCACUUUCAUCGACUUCUUUUCUCUCUUCUUCUUCAACAUAAACAUGGUUAAGAUGGAAGAGGAUAAAGAGAGAAAAAUUGUGCUGACAAAGCCAUUAACAAUAGGAAGAGAAUCUGAUUCAGACUCGUAUAAAGCUCCUAAUCUUAUGCAACGAAUACUCAGUUUAUUCAAGAAUGUACGCCCCGGUUCUGAUCUUACACGCUUUCAGCUUCCACCACUAUUCAACUUACCGAAGUCACAACUUCAGUGCUAUGGUGAAUCAGUGUAUUGCACAGGUUCAGACUUGCUAAGCAUGUGCAACAAUGGUGAGAGUCCUAUGGACAGGUUCAUAUCUGUUGUAGCAUGGAGCAUAUCUACCUCUCGCCCUGUGACUUUUGGGGUUGCUCCUUAUAAUCCAAUUCUUGGUGAGACACACCAUGUUUCAAAGGGAAACCUUAAUGUGUUAUUGGAGCAGAUUUCACAUCACCCUCCAGUAACUGCUCUCCACGCAACAGAUGAGAAGGAAAACAUUGAAAUGAUAUGGUGUCAGCGACCUGAUCCGAAGUUUAAUGGCACAUCAGUUGAAGCUAAGGUGCAUGGUAUACGGCAGCUGAAGCUACUAAAUCAUGGUGAAACAUAUGAAAUGAAUUGCCCUCAUCUUUUACUUAGAAUUAUUCCAGUUACUUCGGCUGAUUGGGCUGGCACAGUUACUAUACGGUGCCAAGAGACAGGCCUAGUAGCUGAGUUAUCUUACAGAUCAAGUAAUUCCUUUCUAGGGUUUGGGGGGAACCAUAGAGUGAUCAAAGGAAAGAUCCUUGACUCUUCAUCAUUGAAAGUUCUAUAUGAAGUUGAUGGUCAUUGGGAUAGCAUUGUAAAGUUGAAGGAUACAAAAAAGGGGCAAGUAAGAGUAAUAUAUGAUGCAAAUGAAGUUCUGACAGGUCUAGAAACUCCUAUACUCAAGGAUUCGGAGAGAGUGUGGCCAACAGAAUCAGCCCAUGUUUGGGGAAAACUCAGCGAAGCCAUUAUGAACAAAGACUGGGAGAAAGCAAGAGAAGCAAAGGUAGAAGUGGAAGAAAGACAAAGAGAUCUCGUGAAAGAAAGAGAGUCAAAAGGAGAAACAUGGAUUUCUAAGCAUUUUGUAGUAUCAAACAAUAAAGAGGGGUGGGAAUGUUCACCUAUUCAAAAGACUGUUCCAGUUGCCCCCAUCACAGCACAAUAA